AUGCUGAAUGAAACCGAUAGGCUUCCGCAUACCGAAGGAGAAAUGGCUAGUUUAAAGAUGGAGAAAGAGAAAUACGGUGUAAAGAUUAUACAAGAAGAUACUAUGGUAGAUCUUGUAGAAAUAGUCUCUGUGUUGAAAAGCUUAGAGGAUUCAUGUCCAUCUGAGAAGACCACAGAUCCUCAUCUCAAAUCUGGUGUCCUCUCCCCUACUGAGGUAAAAGAGAAACCACUCCAACUAUCAGUCCUCUUCUCAGGCCUGCUUAGCCCCAAAAAGGAAGCACAUGAGAAAAAAGAAACCCUAGAUCAACCCCAAAGCCCUGAUCAGACAAGACCUGCCAAACAAGGGCUUUUCACUGAUCAGUCUAACAAGAAAGAGGCCAGGGCAGACUUCCUGGAACAGUUAACCCAAUUCCUUAGCUUGGACAGCAGCAAGGGGGAAGGCAAGAGAAAGCAAGAGAGCAUGUCAAGUCAUCCAUUGUCUCCAAUCAGUCAGAACCCUGCAGAAGAGACAGAGACAUGUCCAACUGUAGAGGAGCCAGUUAUUUCCCAAGCUGAGGAAACUAAAAAAAUGACAAAUACAGAGUCACCCUUAGAUGCCUUUAAGGCUUUCUUUACAAUUAAGGCUGCCAAGAAGGAUACUUCUAAUUGCUUGGAUUCGGAUGCUGCAAAGAGGAAGAUCAAUAGGGACAAAGACGUUCUCCGAGCUUUCUUUGAUAGGAACUCAAGCAAGUCUCCAGAGAACAAAGGAACUUGUGAUUUUAAAACUGAGGCGAGUGAUUUCACACCAAGAAGACUUCAGGCAAUCUGGCCUCCACCGAAAUCCAAAGAUAAGGAGGAAAAGAUAGGUCUAAAAUACACAGAAGCUGAGCACCAGGCAGCUCUUCUGCAGUUGAAAAGAGAAUGCAAUGAAGAAGUGGAGAAAUUACAGGCAGACUUCAAAGUUCAGCUCUUCCGGAUACAUGAGAAGAAUGAUGAACUUGGGGCAACCAUUGCAAGCUUACAAAGAGAAGGGGUCAAAGAUCAUCAUAGGGAUGUUGCUGUGUCCACUGAAGACUAUAUCAAACAACGGGCCUUUCACUCGGUGUGCAUUCAGACAGACCCUGAAGAGGCCAAGGAAGCCCAGAGCAGGAGUCUUAAACCCAGUGUGCCUAAAAAUGUUGAUCUCAUCUCAACAAAAAACCUUAACCUCAUUGAUAAAGAGAGGAUAGUUCCACCUCCACCUCCCCCACCGGUGUCACCUCUUCCACCUCCACCACCUGUAUUACCUCCUCCUCCAGCUCCUCCAACUUGCCCUCCUGCUUCAUCUGUAUGUCCACUUCCUGCUCAGCCAGUAGAUGUACCAGGUUGUGUGCCUUCACCUCCUCCACCACCUCCACCCAUGACAGGAUUUGGUCCACCACCCCCUCCACCAAUUCUCAACGCUGUCCCCCCUCCUCCCUCUGGAGUUGGUAUCUUCUUCAGUGGAGUGACAGAGAACACUCCUCGCAAGCCAUCAGUGGAGCCUGUCUGUCCUAUGAAGCCACUCUACUGGGUUCGAAUACAGAUUCAAGAUAUCAGAAAUAAUAUGCUGUGGAGCUCAUUGGAAGAGCCAGACAUAAUAAACACCAAAGAGUUUGCAGAACUGUUUGCUAAAGCCACAGCGCCCACCAAGAGAAAGCCCCUCUCCGAGGCCUAUGAGAAGAAAGGCAAAGCUAAGAAGGUCAUCAAGCUACUAGAUGGCAAGCGGUCUCAAGCAGUGGGCAUCUUAAUCUCAAGUCUCCACCUGGAGAUGAAGGAUAUCCAGCAAGCUGUUUUGACUCUGGACAACUCAGUGGUUGACUUGGAUGCAAUUGAAGCUCUGUAUGAAAAUAGAGCUCAGCCUGAAGAGCUAGAGAACAUUAAGAAACACUUUGAAACUUCAGACGAGGAGAAUGUCAAACUACUGGACAAGCCUGAACAGUUCCUUUAUGAACUCUCCCAGAUUCCUGAAUUCUCCAGUCGAGUUCACUGUUUCAUUUUGCAGUCAAAGUUUACUGACGCCAUUGCCUCCAUCCAGCGCAAGACUGAGAUUAUUCUGCACGUCUGCAAGUAUCUGUUGGAGAAAGACUGUGUGAGGGAGGUGAUGGGACUGGUGCUUGCUCUAGGAAACUACAUGAAUGGAGGGAGCAGAGCUCGUGGUCAGGCAGAUGGCUUUGGGCUUGAGAUUCUUCCCAAGCUUAAAGAUGUCAAGAGCAGGGACAAUUGCAUAAGCCUGUUGGAUUACAUUGUUUCCUACUAUCUGCAUCACCUUGAUGAGAAUGCUGGGACGGAAAAGAGUAUCUUUCCAUUGCCCGAACCUCAAGAUGUUUUUCUUGCCUCUCAAAUAAAGUUUGAAGACCUCUCAAAGGAUCUCAGAAAGUUGAGCAGAGACUUGGCAGUUUGUGAGAAGGAAGUCCUCACUGUCUGUACUAACUCAUCUCAAGAGCACAUGCAUCCCUUCAAGGAGAAAAUGGACAUUUUUAUUGCUACUGCACAAAAAGAGGUAAUUUCUAUGGAACACCAAGUGAUAUCAGCACGUAAAAGCUUCUGUUACCUGGUGGAGUACUUUGGGUUAAAGCCACGUUCUGGGGAGCAAGAGACUGUGCCUGGCCAUGUUUUCACACUUUGGUUUGAAUUCUGUAAUGACUUCAAGAUGAGAUGGAAGAGAGAAAACAAGACCAUAUCCAAACAGAGACUCAAAGAGGCACAACAGUCAGUGCGCAACAUCACAGAAGAGAAGAAGAUUGAGACCAGAAGGGCCCAUGCAAGUGGACUGAAAGAGAGAGUACGACUGAAAGAAGAAAGUCUGACCACCAGCUAAAACUCUCCAUUCCCAAAGAGGGCCAGAUACAUUUGUAUGCAAGACCUCCAGCCUCCUGGGUCCUGGGUGUAACCCAACAACAUAUCGCUCACU